UGUGCUAUUUGGACCUCUUCCUUCAGUAUCAUCAGUUUCUGAUCAUAUGCUACCUCUUGAAGUGUUUGAACAUCAACCAAUUCUUUUUGGUAUAGUGACCCUAUAUUCCUUCCAUCUUCUUUUGUUGCUUUCCAUGUCGUUUAAUAUUUUCCCGGUAGAAUCCCUCAAUAUUGAUUUUUGUCUUCAGUUCUUUCAGCUGGAGAAAUGCUGAGGAUGAUUCUUCCCUUUUGGUUUUCUAAAUCCAGUUCUUUGCACAUGUUGUUAUAAUACCUUACUUUGUUUUCUCAAGCCACCCUUUCGAAUCUGUUCAGCUCUUUUACUCCUUUUGCUUUAGCUACUUGAAGUUCAAAAGCAGGUUUCAGAGUCUCUUCUAAUAUCCAUUUGGUCAUUGCUUUCUUUCCUGUCUUUUUAAUGACCUUUGGCUUUCUUAAUGCAUGAUGUCCUUGAUGUCAUUCCACAACUUGUCUGGUCUUGGGUCAUUAGCGUUCAACACGUUAAAUCUGUUCUUGAGAUGGUCUCUAAACACAGGUGGGGUAUACUCAAGGACAUACUUUGGCUUUUGUGGACUUGUUUUAAUUUUUUUCAGUUUCAACUUGAACUGGCAUAUGAGCAAUUGAUGGUCUAUUCCUGCAGUCAGCCCCAACCUUGUUUUGCCUGAUGAUAUUGAGCUUUUCCAUUGUCUGUUUCCACACAUGUAGUCGAUUUGAUUGUUAUGUAUUCCAUCUGGUGAGGUCCACAUGUAUAGUCACCACUUAUGCUGUUUAAAAAAAAGAUAUUUACAAUGAAGAAGCCAUUGGUCUUCAUGUGAUCUCCAGCAUCAUUUCUACUAUCAGGUACAUAUUUUCCAAAUACUAAUCCCUCUUCUUUGUUUCCAGAUUUCAUUUUCCAAUCACCAGUAAUUAUCAUUGCAUCCUGAUCGCAUGUUUGAUCAAUUUCAGACUGCAGAAGUUGGUAAAAUCUUCAGUUUCUUCAUCUUUGGCCUUAGUGGUUGGUGCGUAAAUUUGAAUAACAGUCCUAUUAACUGACCUUCUUUGUAGUCGUAUGGAUAUUAUCCUAUCGCUGACAGCAUUGUACUUCAGCAUAGAUUUUGAAAUGUCCUUUUUGACAACGCAGCACCAUUCCUCUUUAAGUUGUCAUUGCCGGCAUAAUAGACCAUAUGAUUGUCUGGUAUUCAAAAUGGCCUGUCUUCCCUCUGGUCAUAAAUAGAGGUGACUAGGGACAAGUAAUAAUAACAAUAAAUAGUAGUUGCUAUUAUUACUUGUCCCUAGUCUCCUCUACUUAUGACUAGGGGGAGGACAGGCUCACCAGAGUCUCCAUUAUUCAUAAUGCUGCCUACAGUGGUUAAAGUUGUGUGUCAACUUGUCUAGGUCAUGAUUCUCAGUGGUUUGGCAGUUAUGAUGUUGUUUGCUAGCUAUGUAAUAAUGAAAACACUUCCAUGAUGAGAUCUGCUAUGAGAACCAAUCAGUUGAAAGGGAGUUUCCUUGCGACUGUGGCCUGCAUCCAGUAUAUGUGGAUUUUUUUUUCAAAAUCUCACUGCCUUUUGCUGGCUCAGAAUCCUGCAUAUGGCCUCCUGAUCUUGGGAUUUGAGCUAGCAACUUACCUGCCAAUCUUGGGUUUGUCAGCCCUGCAGCUAGGUGAGUCAGGAGAAAUCUUCAACUUGACCCAGGGAUGUGGGACUUUCCAGCCUCUACAACUACGUGAACUGUUUCCCUGCUGUAAAUCUCUCUCUCUCUAUAUAUAUAUGUAAUAUAAAUAUUGUAUACAUAUAUAUGCUUCACUGGUUUUGCUUCUCUGCAGAAUCCACCCUAAGACACUGCCUCAUCCUCUGACAGACUGUAAACUCCUUGAAGGUAGAGAUAACCUCUUUGUUAUUCAGAAUUCUCUUUAUUAGUUGCUUAAAAAAUACUUGUUACUUGUUUAUUGGGUUUUAGAUGGCAAGGCUCUUCAUAAAGAGUCUCAUCGUAACCUAGUUUUCCAUGUUUCAUCUUUUAUGACACCAAGAUUACAACCCUGUAUCCAGUGUGAAUUCUCAGAAUGGUUCCUUGAAAUCGCAUUGCAAUCUAACUUGAGAUGGUCUGCAGCCCAGUGUCAGAGAAAUUUAGCAUUGUCUCCUGCUUCUUUGAACGACACUAAAGCUAUGAUCAUACAUUGGUUCUCUGCUUAUUUUGAAACUUAUUUUGAAGCUGCAUUGCCUGUGAUGAAUAUCUUCAAGCGGUACCAGUAGGUCGCAGCAAGAAACACAGGAUAAGUACUCUGUGUUGAUAGGAACUUAUAGUAUUUUCCCUCUAGGCUAACUCUCUUCCCCCUCCUCCAUCACCACCAAAAAAAAAAAAAAAAAAAAAAGCUAAGCUUAAACAAAAUAAUACAGAACAUUCUUUUCUGAAUUUCUGGAGAUGAAGCAAGACAUCUCUUAAGUCUUUCUGUCUCCCAGAAUCUAGAGUAAAUUUCUUUGACUGAAUGGUACUGAAAGGGAAAUUAAUUACAGUGAAUGCCUUCUCAAAGCAAUAUUAAUAAUUUUAAUGAUCAUUAAAUAUUGUAACCCAUUUCAGUUUCUCUCCCUAUGUCUUUACUUGGGAGAUUCAUUUGGGGAAUGGAGUACUUGGUAAGUCUCAAUCUACUCUAGGUAGGCUAAUACAGGGUCUGUGAAAAAAAGGAAGAGGAAGACCCUCAACAAGAUGGAUUGAUGCAGUGGCAGCAACAAUGGACUCAAGCGUAACAACAGUUGUGAGGAUGGCACAGGACUGGGUAGCAUUUUGUUCUGUUUUACAUAGGGUCACUAUGAGUCAAAGCUGAGUCAAUGGCAUCUAACAACAAAAUGUGGGCAAGAAUGUGGAGAUGGGAGAAAUGCUUAUUUAUUUAUAAUCUAUAUGCCCUAGGGAUUAAGCUCAAAAAUUGCAUUCAUUAUUUUAUUCCAUCUCCUUAUAAAAUAGACAUUAGUAUUCCCAUUUGGAAAUGACAAAAGCUGAGACACAGCCAGAUCUAGAGAGAUACCCAGAGUCACACAAUCAGUGAGCCAGAGAACCAGUAUUCCAAGCCAAGACUGUCGUUGUUCUUUCUACUGCCCCAUGUCUCCUCCACUGAGACACUUUGGUAUGAUCCAGGUAGCAUAACUUCUUAUAUGUACACAGGGUCCUUAUAGAAGUUGUGACCAGAAGUAGAGCUAACCUAUUUUGUAGAUUCUUUGAAUUGUUUAAAGAGGGUCAAACCACCAGCCAUCAGGGGAAAUUUAAAAAAAUAUAUUUAAGUUUGUUUGGGAAUAUUGCACUGAAAAUUCAUUUUCCACUGAGCCUGGGUGUCCCAAGGGUGAAGGAUAGAACCAGGAAAGGGAAGUGUGAUUUCCUUAAUUUCAGAGGGGAGAAAUGAAUAGACUAUAAAUGAAGUUACAUCAGAUAUGCUGUCCCCAGAGACCAAAGAACAAGAAACAUAUUCUAAUUAAAGGAAGUCAAAAUGUUCACUCCAGAGUCUGGUCUGAAGCCUCUACAACUGGAAAUAAUUGCCGACAAUAUUACAGCUGAACUGCAGUGAUAUACAGGCAGUCCCCGGGUUAAGAACGAGGUCCAAUUCAUUCCUAAGUGUGCCUUUAAGUCGAAUUUGUAGGUAAGUUAGAACAGGUACAUUGGGUUCUUAAUGUAGCCUUAUUUUAGAGCAAAAGAAGUCUCAAAGCCUUGUCAAUGGCUUAAAAGCUGCAUGUGCAGUAAGUGAAGGGGAUUGUGUUGAGGAAUUUGUUGGUAGAAGGGUUGGUUCAAUUCUUUGAAAGUGAGGGCAAAUUUCCGUAACAUUUAAGGGCAUGUAUGAGUUGUCCUGGUAGUGAAGUGGUUAAGCGUUCUGCUGCUAACCACAAGGUCAUCCUUUGGAAUCUACCAGCCUCUCCUCAGAAACCCUAUGGGGCAGUUCUACUCUGUCAUAUACGGUCGCAAUGAGUCGAAAUUGACUUGAUGGCAAUGGGUUUCGGUUUUGGUUAGAAGUUGUACAUAAGUCAGAAGUUCCUAACCCCGAGAUUUACUGUACUCUGUAUUUUGAAAUGUAUUUUGAAAUGUGUUUAGCAUUGUUAUAAAAUUUCUCAUACUUGCCUUUAAGGAAAAGUAAAAUCAAGAAAGAAGGGAGUUUUGCUGAAGGUAGAGUAAGUCUAUUAUGAUGGAGAAGGUGUAAAGGGUUUCAGGUAUAGGCGACCUCUGAAGUCCCUUCCAGCUAUGCCUCCUGUUUAACCUGGUGUGUGUGUGGGGGGGGGGGGGGUGGGGGUUAGAGUGAGUGUCUUUUCUAAGAAAAGAAAUUUAUGUUUUUUUUUUCUUUUUAUUUUAGGGUGAAUACAGACUUAAACAGGAACAAGCAUAGGAAGCAAGGAGAACUCAGGGAGUUACAAAAGGUAAGGAACUGUGAGAGAAUACAUUUCUGUUCUUUAAAGUCAGUCACUUGUGGCUUUUCCCUUAUGGCAGUACUACAUAACUAAGACAGCCUAUCAAGCUCCUAUAUCCUAACGGAAAUUGGAUGGAGCCAAUAUAGAUGCUUCUGUGUAUGGCAGUGUUUGUGAAAAUACAACCAAUUCUUGCCUACUCUUCUCCCCAGGCUUGUUCAGUGGAUCCUUUAUCUCCAAUAUUAGCAAAGGUAUUGUGUUAUUAUGUCCCAUAUUUCAAUUUUAGAAAACAUCAAAUAACUCCCUGCUGUGAGUCAUAAAGGAUUUAGCACUUUGGUACUUCAUCUGUUGCAAGGUUCAGAGCUAGGCUGCUAGCCAAAAGGUCAGCCAUUCGAAUCCACCAACCACUCCUUGGAAACCGUAUGGGGCAGUUCUAUGCUUUCCUAUAGGCUUGCUAUGAGUCAGAAUUAACUCCACAGCGUUGGGGUUUGAUUUUUGGGUGCUUCCUGUCACAUUUCUCAGCCUUCUUUAUUGUGUUAGGCUUAUCAUUGUUUUUAAUGUGGUCAGGUUUAUAAUAGAAAUAUUCUCUUCUGCAACCAUGCUUUCCACAGACUUAUGUGGACUCGAUAUUCAGUUUUUUAAGCAGUAUUUUUCUAUUUAAUUCUUGGUUGGCUAGAUUUGAUCAUGAGUUAUUUUAAGAAGGGCUCCUGAGAUGAAUGUUUUCUGACUUCCACAUCAUCAUUUUUGUCUGUUUAUUGUUCUGUACUGAAAUGACAACUUGUUGGAACUAACAUUCUUGGGUUCCCCCUUUCUAAUCCAGACCUUUGCAGACUUUGCACCCUUUUCUUUUGGUGUGGAAUAAAUUCUGGAGAAGUCAGAGGCUAGUGUGAUUUUUUUUUUCCCCAUAUGUCUGACUUGCUUUUUUUUUUUCUUUAUGAGUGAAUAAUUCUUUCUUAAUCAUUGAAGUUCAAAAACCUGAUAUAGACAUAACUGGAAGUAAAUUAUUCUGUACUAAUUUUGCUAAAUGUUGGAGACUAACCUUUUGAAAAUAUAGGCUUUGCAUCUAUAUUGAGAUAUUUAAGUCUAGUUUUAGCAUUUAUUACACUUUUCCAGGAGUGAAUUUAUUUCCAUUCAGUAUGUUGGGUGGAAAAUGUUAAGUGCUGUUGUCAUUUCCUCGUUCUGUUGUGAUCCAGUGAACCUGGGUGUUAGGUGGGAGUUUACACUGCCUAGGCUAGUUGUAUCACUUUCAUCUGAGGUAUCUAUUCUUUCUUAAAGACUAGUUCUCUAAAUAUUAGAGGGAAUUACUGAAAAUUCUUAGGUUUACUGACACUUUUUUUUUGGGAGGUAACAACUCUGGGAAAUUAGGGUAGGACUGGAAUCCUGCAUGGGACUCUCCUCUCAUUAAUUUUAUCAAUUUUUAAACACUCCUCAUUCCCAGGGAUUCAAGUUUUUUCCCCCGACAUAGUUAAUUACUUUACUGACAUUAAGUAUUAUGUAUUCAUUUUAUUAGUACCGGGGAAGACUGUUCAGUGGCUUGAAUUAAUUUGAUCAUGUUUCUUCAGAAGUGGUGCCUAUAGAGUAUAUUCACAUAUUAAUUAAUUUAUUUUUAUAAAGAAUAAAGAGAGUUACACCUUAAGGGUUUUUCUCUUUACUAUUCAAUAAAUGGUUAAUGCCAGAGAGACUUUAGCUUUUGGCUAAUGAUUACUAAGUUACUUGCUCAAAAACCUUAGUUAGUAGGCAGCAUACACAAUAGUCAGAUGCAGUUCUUUGUGAUUAAUGUCAAGUUCAGCACAGUUUUUACUAUGCUUUCCAUUUUUCACUCUUCUGAUAGGGUACACGUGUAUAUAUGUCAGUAAAAAGAUGUUUAUACCUUGUUAUGUGUUCAUUCAACAAAACGUGAUGUUCUAUCUUCUCUCUUACCACAGCUCAAAUGAUAAGAUACAUGAAAGAGACCCAAGGUGGGAACCAAACAGAAGCUACAGAGUUUAUUCUCUUAGGACUCUCGGACAACCCAGAUCUACAAGUUAUCCUUUUUGUAGUGUUUCUAUUAAUCUAUAUAGCUACUAUGGUAGGCAAUUUGGGCAUGAUCAUGCUGAUUAAGACUGAUUCCUGUCUCCACACUCCCAUGUACUUCUUCCUCAGCAGCUUCUCCUUUGUUGAUGCCUCCUACUCUUCUUCUGUGACUCCCAAGAUGCUGAUGAACCUUGUGGCUGAGAAUAAAGCCAUUUCUUUCAGUGAAUGUGCUGCCCAGUUCUACUUCUUUGGCUCUUUUGUAGGGACAGAGUGCUUCCUGUUGGCCAUGAUGGCAUAUGACUGCUACUCAGCCAUUUGGAACCCCCUGCUAUACCCAGUUCUCAUGUCUGGGAGAAUUUGCUUCAUACUAGUGGCUACCUCAUUCCUUGCAGGUUUUGGGAAUGGAGCCAUCCAUACAGGGAUGACUUUUAGAUUGUCCUUUUGUGGCUCUAAUAGAAUCAACCAUUUCUACUGUGAUAUUCCACCUCUGCUUGAAAUCUCUUGCUCUGACAUCUACAUCAAUGGCAUUGUCACCAUGGCUUUCUCCACUUUUAAUGUCAUCAGCUGUGUUGUUACUGUCCUUUUUUCCUACCUGUGCAUCCUCAUUGCCAUCUUGAGAAUGCCCUCAGUAGAGAGCAGGCACAAAGCCUUCUCUACUUGUGCCUCCCACCUCACUGCUGUUACCAUAUUCUUUGGGACGAUUCUUUUCAUGUACUUGCGCCCAACAUCUAGUUACUCAAUGGAGCAGGACAAGGUUGUCUCUGUCUUUUAUACUGUAGUGAUUCCUAUGCUGAAUCCCCUCAUCUACAGUUUGAAAAACAAGGAUGUGAAAGAGGCCCUAAAGAAGGUCUUACAGAAAACCAUGCUGUGAAGGCAUGUUGAACAUCUUCCUGUUAUGUAGAAGAACAUGUAUUUUCUUUUUUUCAAAUUACUUAAGAUCCUUACUUGUAUUAAGAUAGAUGAUUUAAAAUGAGAUGUCGUGCUUGUUCUGUCUUCAUGUCUUAAACAUGUAUACUUGGGCCUAUCUGAUGCAUCAGCACAGUAGGUGAGGCAGUGUCUGGUAGAAUAUUUAAAUUUUGGUAUCGGCUGCCUUGGGUUUAUGUUCCAACUUCAAUAUUUGUUCUUGUGAACCUUAGUUUUAUUGUAUCUACAUUGAUGUCUCCAGUUGGAUUCCAGGAAAACAGAAUGAAAAAAUAGAUUUGUGUGGAAGAAGAGUUAUUGGAGAAUGUUCCCAGGUUUGGGCAGAAGUUUAAUAGUAUGGAAUUUACAAUAAGGACUAAGCCAAUUAUAUGUCUACUCUUCCUAAGUACCCUGGAGCUCUGGAACUAGGAUGGCCUUUCAGUGAUGACCAAGCUUGUGAUAAAAGAGUCAGGUAUUUUCAUCCACAAUGACCAGUCCUGGUUGUGGGCUACCCACUGGGAGGGGGCAUAAUCUUGGGCAAGGCAGUUCCUUAAAGCACAAGGAAAUUCUCAGAGAGGAACUCUGCUAUGAGCCUUUAGCUGCUCAUAUAUAUGGUAGAUGAGGAAAUGUCUACCUUGAAAGGCACAUCUGGGUUCUGUACCACAGCAUUGCUAUAAAUAAACAGGUAAUAAUAACAAUAAAUAGUAGUUGUUAUUUUAACUUCUCCCUAGUCUCCUUUACUUAAGACCAGGGAAGGACAGGCUCACCAGAUUCUCCAUUAUUUACAACGUUGCCUGUGAUGGUUAAGGUUGUGUCUUAACCUGGCUGGGCCAUGAUUCUCAGUGGUUUGGCAGUUAUGAUGUUGUUUGCUAGCUAUGUAAUAAUGUAAUUACCUCCAUGAUGAGAUCUGCUAUGAGCAGCAAUCAGUUGAAAACCAGUUUCCUUGGGGGUGUGGCCUGCAUCCAAUACAUGUGGACUUUUCGGCAAAGCUCACUGCCUUUUGCUUACUCUGGACACUGCAUAUGAUCUCCUGUUCUUGAGACUUGAUUUAGCAGCUUACCUGCAGAUCUUGGGCUUGUUAGCCCUACAGCAACGUGAGUCAAGACAAUCCUCUUACUUGACCGAAGGACGUGGGACU